GCCGCGCCGCGCCGGCGUCACGUGACUGACAGGCCCGCCCACGUAGCCAUCCCGCGGCUCCAGGUCACGUGGCCCCUCGUCUAGGGGCGGGGCCGGGGCCGGGGCGCGUGCGCGCGAAGAUGGCGGCGGCCGCCAACGAGCCGUGUGUAAGGAGCAGUAGAGAACUGUGGACAAUUCUGCUUGGAAGGUCAGCUCUAAGAGAACUGCAUCAAAUUGAAGCAGAACUGAAUAAACAUUGGCAGCGACUGUUAGAGGGACUUUCAUACUAUAAACCUCCCAGUCCAAAUUCAGCUGAAAAAGUAAAAGCUAAUAAAGACGUGGCUUCACCACUGAAGGAACUGGGUCUAAGAAUCAGCAAGUUUUUGAGCCUUGAUGAAGAACAGAGUGUGCAGUUGCUCCAGUAUUACCUUCAAGAAGAUUACCGAGGUACUCGGGACUCACUAAAGACGGUACUGCAAGAUGAGAGGCAGAGUCAGGCCUUAAUUCUGAAGAUUGCAGAUUAUUAUUAUGAAGAGAGAACUUGCAUUCUUCGCUGCGUGUUGCACCUUCUCACUUAUUUCCAAGAUGAAAGACACCCCUAUAGGGUUGAAUAUGCCGACUGUGUUGAUAAGUUGGAGAAGGAACUAGUUGUAAAAUAUAGACAGCAGUUUGAAGAGCUUUAUAAAACUGAAGCACCAACAUGGGAGACACACGGAAACCUCAUGACUGAACGCCAAGUGUCUCGCUGGUUUGUUCAGUGCCUUCGGGAACAGUCCAUGCUUCUAGAGAUCAUCUUUCUUUAUUAUGCAUACUUUGAGAUGGCACCUAAUGAUCUGUUGGUAUUAACCAAAAUGUUUAAAGAACAAGGGUUUGGUAGUAGGCAAACCAACAGGCACCUAGUGGAUGAGACCAUGGAUCCCUUUGUAGAUCGGAUUGGCUACUUUAGUGCUCUUAUCCUGGUGGAAGGCAUGGACAUUGAAUCCUUGCAUAAGUUUGCUUUGGAUGACAGAAGAGAACUGCACCAAUUUUCCCAGGACGGGCUUAUUUGUCAGGAUAUGGACUGUUUGAUGUUGACCUUCGGGGACAUUCCACAUCAUGCAUCAGUACUUUUGGCUUGGGCUCUGCUACGUCACACGCUGAAUCCAGAAGAGACAGGCAGUGUUGUCCGGAAGAUAGGUGGCACAGCUAUCCAGCUGAAUGUAUUUCAGUACUUGACUCGGUUGCUUCGCUCACUGGCAAGUGGAGGAAAUGAUUGUACCACCAGCACGGCAUGCAUGUGCAUCUACGGUCUCCUUUCUUUUGUCCUGACCUCACUGGAGCUGCACACAUUGGGCAAUCAGCAGGAUGUUAUUGACACAGCAUGUGAAGUCCUGGCAGACCCUUCUCUUCCAGAACUAUUCUGGGGAACAGAGCCAACCUCUGGUCUUGGGAUCAUUCUAGAUAGUGUGUGUGGAAUGUUUCCCCAUCUCCUCUCCCCACUCUUGCAAUUGCUACGAGCCCUUGUAUCAGGGAAAUCUACUGCCAAAAAGGUAUAUACUUUCUUGGAUAAAAUGUCUUUCUACAAUGAACUUUAUAAGCACAAACCCCAUGAUGUGAUUUCCCAUGAAGAUGGAACUCUCUGGCGGAGGCAAACGCCCAAACUUCUUUAUCCUCUUGGGGGUCAGACCAACCUUCGCAUACCUCAAGGCAUCGUGGGCCAAGUAAUGCUAGAUGAUCGGGCUUACCUUGUACGCUGGGAAUACUCCUAUAGCAGUUGGACUCUUUUUACCUGCGAGAUUGAAAUGCUGCUUCAUGUUGUUUCUACAGCAGAUGUGAUUCAGCACUGCCAACGAGUCAAACCCAUCAUUGAUUUGGUCUAUAAGGUCAUCAGUGUAGAUCUGUCCAUUGCAGACUGCCUCCUACCCAUCACAUCCCGCAUCUACAUGUUAUUACAGCGGUUAACAACAGUAAUCUCCCCCCCUGUGGAUGUCAUUGCUUCUUGUGUCAAUUGCUUGACUGUUUUGGCUGCUCGGAACCCAGCAAAGGUGUGGACUGAUCUGCACCACACAGGCUUUUUGCCAUUUGUGGCCCAUCAAGUCUCCAACAUGAGCCAGAUGCUUAGUGCUGAAGGGAUGAAUGCUGGAGGCUAUGGAAACCUCUUGAUGAACAGUGAACAGCCCCAGGGUGAAUAUGGGGUCACUAUUGCCUUUCUGCGCUUGAUCACCACUCUUGUUAAGGGGCAGCUUGGUAGUACCCAGAGCCAAGGUCUGGUGCCCUGUGUCAUGUUUGUGAUGAAGGAAAUGCUUCCCAGUUACCACAAGUGGCGCUACAACUCCCACGGUGUGAGAGAACAAAUUGGUUGCCUGAUUCUGGAACUGAUUCAUGCAAUACUGAACCUGUGCCAUGAGACAGAUAUGCACAGCAGUCACACCCCUAGCCUGCACUCUCUCUGCAUCUGCAGCCUGGCUUAUACAGAAGCAGGGCAGACAGUUGUCAACAUUAUGGGCAUUGGUGUGGAUACCAUCGACAUGGUGAUGGCAGCUCAGCCCCGCAGUGAUGGAGUAGAGGGCCAGGGGCAAGGCCAGCUGCUGAUUAAGACAGUGAAACUGGCAUUCUCCAUCACCAACAACGUUAUUCGGCUGAAACCUCCUUCUAAUGUGGUGUCUCCCCUGGAACAGGCUCUCACACAACAUGGUGCCCAUGGGAACAACCUCAUUGCUGUUCUUGCCAAAUACAUCUACCACAAACAUGACCCGGCAUUGCCGCGUCUUGCUAUCCAGCUACUAAAACGUCUGGCCACGGUGGCCCCCAUGUCAGUGUAUGCCUGCCUGGGCAAUGAUGCAGCAGCCAUUCGCGAUGCCUUCCUGACCCGACUGCGGAGCAAGAUUGAGGACAUGCGCAUCAAAGUCAUGAUUCUAGAAUUCCUCACAGUUGCAGUAGAGACUCAGCCAGGCCUCAUUGAACUAUUUCUGAAUCUGGAGGUGAAGGAUGGCAGUGAUGGCUCCAAGGAAUUCAGCCUUGGAGUAUGGAGUUGUCUACAUGUAGUGCUGGAGCUGAUUGACUCCCAACAUCAAGAUCGCUACUGGUGCCCACCCCUACUUCACCGUGCAGCCAUUGCCUUCCUGCAUGCCUUGUGGCAGGAUCGUCGGGACAGUGCUAUGCUGGUCCUCAGAACCAAACCCAAGUUUUGGGAGAAUCUAACCAGUCCACUGUUUGGAACCCUUUCUCCUCCCUCAGAAACAUCAGAGCCCAGCAUCCUGGAAACCUGUGCCCUAAUCAUGAAGAUAAUAUGCUUGGAGAUAUACUAUGUAGUUAAGGGCUCAUUAGACCAGUCAUUAAAAGACACACUCAAGAAAUUUUCCAGUGAGAAACGCUUUGCCUACUGGUCAGGAUAUGUGAAGUCCUUGGCUAUUCACACUGCUGACACAGAGGGCAGCAGCUGUACCUCCUUGGUAGAGUAUCAGAUGCUGGUUUCCGCUUGGAGGAUGCUUCUCAUUAUCGCCACCAGUCAUGCGGAGAUACUGCACCUGACUGAGUCUACAGUACGUCGCCAGCUCUUUCUUGAUGUGCUCGAUGGAACCAAAGCGUUGCUCCUGGUACCGGCCUCUGUGAACUGCCUCCGUCUCGGCUCCAUGCUGUGCACUUUACUGCUGAUCCUCCUCCGGCAGUGGAAGAGAGAAUUGGGGUCUGUGGAUGAAAUUCUCAGACCCUUGACAGAUAUCCUGGAAGGAGUACUACAGGCAGACCAGAAACUCAUGGAGAAGACCAAGGCCAAAGUGUUCUCAGCAUUCAUCACUGUGUUGCAGAUGAAAGAGAUGAGAGUGAGUGACAUCCCUCAGUACUCACAGCUGGUACUGAACGUCUGUGAAACCCUCCAAGAAGAAGUGAUUGCACUCUUUGACCAAACCCGCCACAGUAUGGCAUCAGGCAGUGCCCCAGAGGACAAGGACAGCAUGGACACUGAUGACUGCUCACGGGCCCGACACAAGGACCAGCGCGAUGGGCAGGUGUGUGUGUUGGGCCUGCACCUGGCCAAGGAGCUGUGUGAGGUAGACGAGGAUGGCGAUUCGUGGCUACAGGUGACCCGAAGGCUCCCCAUCUUGCCAACACUCUUCACUACCCUGGAGGUGAGCCUUCGCCUGAAGCAGAAUCUACAUUUCACUGAAGCUUCAUUGCACCUGCUCCUCACCCUGGCUCGAACCCAGCAGGGAGCUACAGCAGUGGCUGGAGCUGGCAUCACCCAGAGCAUCUGCUUGCCGCUCCUCAGUGUGUAUCAGCUCAGCACCAAUGGCACAGUACAGACACCUAGCACCUCUCGGAAGUCCCUGGAUGCUCCGUCUUGGCCAGGGGUCUACCGCCUGUCCAUGUCUUUGAUGGAACGGCUCCUCAAAACUUUGCGCUACAAUUUCCUGACUGAGGCCCUAGAUUUUGUGGGGGUUCACCAGGAGCGGACUUUACAGUGUCUCAACGCGGUGAGGACAGUGCAGAGUCUGGCUUGCCUGGAGGAGGCAGACCACACUGUGGGCUUCAUAUUGCAGCUUUCCAACUUCAUGAAGGAGUGGCAUUUCCACCUGCCUCAGCUCAUGCGGGAUGUCCAGGUCAACUUGGGCUAUUUGUGCCAGGCCUGCACCUCCCUCCUACACAGCCGCAAGAUGCUGCAGCACUACCUACAGAACAAAAAUGGAGAUGGCAUCCCCUCAGCUGUCACCCCCCAAGUUCAGAGACCACCCGCAGCUGGCCCUCCUACCUCCUCUUCCAAGCAGCCCACUGUGGACACAGAGGCCUCAGAGCAGCGAGCCUUACACACAGUCCAGUACAGCCUGCUCAAGAUCCUCAGCAGGACCCUGGCAGCCCUGCGCCACUUCACUCCUGAUGUCUGCCAGAUCCUGCUGGACCAGUCCUUGGACCUUGCUGAAUACAACUUCCUCUUUGCCCUGAACUUUACCACUCCCACCUUUGACUCAGAAGUGGCACCUUCUUUUGGGACCCUUCUGGCCACGGUGAAUGUGGCCCUGAACAUGCUUGGAGAACUUGACAAGAAAAAGGAGCCUCUCACCCAAGCUGUGGGGCUUAGCACACAGGCGGAAGGAACCAAAACACUGAAGUCCCUCCUGAUGUUUACCAUGGAAAACUGCUUCUACCUGCUCAUCUCCCAGGCAAUGCGCUACCUUCGGGACUCAGCUGUGCACCCUCGGGACAAACAGAGGAUGAAGCAGGAGCUCAGCUCAGAACUGAGUACCCUGCUCUCCAGCCUCUCCCGUUACUUCCGACGGGGAGCCCCCAGCUCCCCCGCUGCCGGUGUCCUCCCCUCACCUCAGGGCAAGUCCACCUCUCUGUCCAAGGCCAGCCCUGAGAGUCAGGAGCCUCUGAUCCAGCUGGUGCAGGCCUUUGUCCGCCAUGUGCAGAGAUAGGACAGCAGCACGCCGCACACCUGCCGCUCUACCAACCUGCGCGCACCCUGGAGUGCUGCUGGCCCGCAGCCCCUCUGGGACUGACAGCAGCCAGGAUCCCACCACCUGCUCACUGGUGUUAUUUUUGUAAUAGAUCAAGAGGUCAACGGCAAGGGUGGGAACCCCUGUGUCUGCUGUGCUCCUGUUCUCAUGUUUAAAAUGUCCCAAAGAGGCAUACUCCUUUCCAGCAGCCCCUGCUGCACUUGGCCCUGACCCAGGAGCUGGGCAGGGGAACCAGCAUCACAUACAGUCUAAAAGAGGCUGUAACACGGGUUUGCAUAUAGGUUUUCCAUGUUCUGUUCUUGCAAUUUUUUGGUAAUACUGUGGUCUAUUUAUACAAAUAUUAAAGUACUGUUUAUAGA